UUUUUUUUUUUACUUUUUAUGUUUACAUUUUAAGCAUUGAAGAUGAUAUGCGACUUCAUAUGGAUCGAUUCUUAGCUGCACUUGUAGUAUAUGCAAGACGCUAUUUGAAUACCUCUACAGGAGAUACGAAUGCCGAAUCCAUUGUAUACGAAUAUGCAGAACGAAACCAUCAACCACUGACAUUCAACCCCAAGGUUGUAGCAUUUUAUGCAUCACAAUUAAAUCAUGAAAACGAAUCUGAAUUAUUCGCUCGAUUUUUGAAAGGUUUCGAUGGUGACAAGGAUGAGCGUUUAUUAUUGGUGCAAAUGGGAUUUCAGUACAAUCUGGAUAUGGGAUCAAUUCUACGUCGUACCUAUGACAUUGUGAUAAGUAAUGAAAAUACUAUGGAACAUCAUAUGGAAUGUGAUAAUGAUGGUGCCUUUAUAUUGGAUGGAACGACACCGCAUUAUAUAUUGAAUUUUCUUCAAGCGCUUGAAUGGUUGCUGAUGGAUGCUUCAUUAUAUGAGAUGGCAAUACAAGAGGUGAAUGCAAUGAUAAGGAAAGUACUGGCUGCUCGGCAGGUAUAUUUGGCGGAUACGUUGGUCAAUGCUAUCCCUGUGGAAGUGUUGAACAAUGAUAUUCUUCAAGCUCAAGAUGGAUCGACAUUACCUUAUUGCUUGGAAGAAUUGCAAGGUCAUAUUCUGUUGAUAGAAUGUUGGACGCUCUACUCAUCAUGGGAAUCUUCACAAGAGGCAAGACCAAUGGUCACUGAAGACAAAUUGGAAACAUUGAAAUGUACAUUGGCAUGGAAAGACAAGAUGAUGGAACUGACAGAAAAACUUGAAAAACGAUUACAAAGAUUACUUACAUCAUCAUGGCUGAAAGGUAAAUAAAUAGUACCAUAAUGGUAUAACUUACUCGUUCAUUUUUAUAUAUUAGAUGGAAUUGAUAGACCUUUGAAUGACACUUUACGACAAAUAUACAUACCAGAAGCCGUACUUCGUCUUCAUCAUAUUCUAUAUAAUACAAAAGAUUUUAUGGAUGGGUAGGUGAAAAGAAAAUGUAAAGAAUAUGUUAUUAACUUCUAUUCUCAAUAGUUAUUCCAAAAAGAAGGAUGAUUUAAUGUAUCUAAUAGCUAGUGAUGAAUAUGGAAUUUAUAGAGAUAUUGUAGCAUGUCAUAAAAUGGGAUUAAUACUGGAAACUAUGAAUUAUGAAUAAACUAUUUCUUUUUAUUUCUGAUGAA